AUCUUGAUUAACUUCAACAUAAAAAACAGAAAAAUUAAUUUAAAUAGCCCGGGCCGGGAAUCGAACCCGGUUUCGUUUGGUUGCGCACUAAAGGCGCUUCCCGUUAAGCUAUCUGAGACUUCGUCCGGUUUAAUAGUCAUUUUGAUUAUCUUCAACAUAAAAAAUAGAAAAAUUAAUUUAAAUAGCCUGGGCCGGGAAUCGAACCCGGUUUCGUUUGGUUGCGCACUAAGGACUCUUCCCGUUAGGCUAUCUGAGACUUUG